AUGUCUCUCGCCAUUCGGUUCAUUGGUAAUUAUGAUGUGAAUGCGCAGGGGAAAUUUUUGUGGGAGAUUCUGUGCCAGCUAAGCAUUAGUGUCUCAUACAUUUUAACCCAACUUGGAGUUGGACGUAUUGUUACCAAGAAUGAAUGGGCUAGAAAGUGGCCAACGCAGCCUUCGUACAUCAAAAUCGUUCGGGCGCAACCAGCGAUGGACAGAUGGUUGUUUGGCGGUAAAGUAUGGGGAGAGUGGACCUAUCGAGGACGAAAUCUUGGAGUUUAUGAAUUCGCAGACGAUCUUAACCGAUCCGAUUGGCGAUUGAUCCACAAGUACGUAAAUUUAUUGGCUAGAAAGGCUUGUGAAAAAGCUGGCGUUCCCUUUCGAGAAAAACAUACGAGAGCACCACUUCAACUGUGUAUCGACCCGGAGUUUUCAAUGCUGACCCCACCGGAG